GAUAGACAGUUAUGUACACUAAUAUCACUGUAGUCUUACCAAUUUAGUCUAUCUGUUUAAUUCUUGUCAAUAAAAAACGCGUGUUUGAUUUUGUCUGUUUUCUGUCAUAGUUUUUGAAAAGCGAGAAUAGUAAGGAGAGCAAUUUUUAUUAACCUUUGCGAUUUAUAAACAACAACAUCGAAUAUCUCAAAACAAAUCAACUAAGAAGCUGAUAUUUUUCAACUCUCUCUGCGUAAAAAAUCGAUCGACUUCUAUCGUACUGAAGAAUUUGUAACACAGAAUUACUUAUUAUUGAAGUUUAAUUUGUGGCGGUCUUUUGGUUCCAAAUGAAGUUAUGCAAACCGCUCUUAACUUCUAGCAGUCUUUUGUUGUGAGCUCGAAAAACAACCAUCACACGCCAUCAUCUCAAUUUAAUCGGCACAUCAUCAAAAUAAUCGUAACGAACUGUAAAUAGUGUAGCACUCAAAUUAGAUUAAGAAUACCAGCGUGCCAAACAGAACUCAUAGAACUCAAAGUUAAGUAUAAAGAGUCGAGUGUUCCGACGGCUGUUAUGCUCCGAACAUGCGGAAGACUCAAAAAUGAUACAUUUAUUGACCGGAAAAAUCCAGUCGGGACUCCCGAAACUCAGACGAACGUCUAUUGAUUUUCGGCGGAACUAAAUCGAGUUUUUGUUUACUUAUUGUUGUGUGAUUAAAGCCGCGAUUGGAGGCCAACAAGAAUAGCGAGUGAUUCCGGGGAUAUGGAAUCCGGGAUCGAAUCUUCCGUGUUUCAAAAUCUAUCAGAAUUGUCAUCUACUGUGUCAUCUCUCGCCUAUCAAAAUGCUUCAUCCCCUCUGGCCAAUGGCAGUAUAGACGGUAACAGUAGUGGAGAUGGAGAAGGGGGAGGGGGAGGGGGCGCGUAUGGGGGAGGAUGGUAUGUGAACAACAACAGUGUCCUCAUCAUAGCACUGGAGACACUCCUCUAUGUCACCCUCUCAAUUGUCAUCAGCUGCAGCUCACUUCUCUCCAUAAUGGUUGUAUGGACCACUAGUGGCCUGCACACUUCUCCUGGCUUCCUCAUGGUCAUCAUGUCCAUGUGUGACGUGUUGCUGUCCACUAUUCUGGCCAUGUCCACUGUGAAUGUGAUACUGAGGAAGAAUGUGUUUCCACAGUGGGUCAAUGUUGCUCUGGCCAUGAUGUUCGCCACCUUCCAGAAUGGAAAUGCAAUGGCACUCAUGGUGUCCGCCAUAGAUCAGUGUAUUUCGAUCUUGAAGCCCCUGCACUACCCUCUGAUCUCUACCCCUCGGAGGAUUCUGGUGGUGUUUGUGAGCAUGCUUCUCGUAAGUCUCCUCUUCGUCCUCUAUCUCACCUACGCAUCCUACUCUUACACCCAGAAGGUCAAACAGGCAGGCGGCCAACAACUGAGCAUGCUGUACUACGAUGAGUUGACCCACCUGCAGUUCGUGGCCUGCUACGGAGAAGUGACCCCUCACUUGGCCAUGUUGUUCUUCGUCCUUCCAGGGGCAGUGGUACUCGUCUGCUACGGAGUCAUAUUCAUCGUUGUCGUCAAACAGCGACAGGAGAUCAGACGAAUGCAGGCGCAGCUGACCUCGAUGGCUGCGAGGCGGGGCUCAGUCGCCAGUGGACUCCAGUUCCUGUCCCACAUCAAAGCAUGCAGGAUGCUGUUCAUCGUCACCCUGGUUUACUUCUUGGGAUUCCUACCUUACAUGCUCAUGGACAGGUACAUCAACGAUCAGCUGCAGACGGAAAGGGAGCCGAAACUGCCUCCCCUGUGGUCAUACAAGCUAGCCACUUGGCUCAUCAUGGCUCAGAGUCUCCUCAACUGCGCCAUUUUCUACCGCAUGAAUUCCAAGUUCAAGCAGGGUUUCCACCGUCUGCUGAACAAAUACUGUCCCUCCAUCUUUCAAUGCAUCAGAAACUGUCUCCACUUCCGCCAAGCAACCAACAAUGUCCCCCGCAACGACACAGCUUGCACACAGCUGGCACGUCUGGAUGGCGGCGGCGGCAACCUCCCCAGUUUAUCAAACUUCGCAGACACCGAAAUCACUCCCCCGCCGAGCGUCCAAAUUGCGACACCCGACGAGAUCCACCCGCGGGUUAUGAACUCGUCUGCUUAAAAAACUGAUCGCCAGAUGCUUUUUUUCUAAUUCGACAGACCGAAAACUAAACGGCGAAUUACUCGGGGGCGAACUUUUACUCCAAGGAACUAUUUUGCAUCGAUUUAUUGAGUGAUUCAGUCUUUUCUCAUCAUAAUUAUGCUAGUCUACACUAUUGAUGUACUCUUGAUUCGAUGUUUAAAAUCGCCGCCGAUUUGCCAAAAAUGGUCACAAUCUUGUUUUAUACUGCCCGAAAAAAGUCAGUCUGAAAAUAUGUCUGCAAAUCAUUCGCUCUGCAAUCUGUGAAGAAGACGAUUCUGCUGAUGCUAGGUAAAUAAGACGACAAGAUACUAAGAUGACACGACAUUAAGACGACAAAUGAGCGUUAAAACCUUUAAAAUGAACUGUUUGAAUAAGCGGUUUAUUUCUUAGAAAUAAAAUGUGGAGAAAUGCGUGUAGCGUCGUCUUAAAAUUUCACUAAAAACGGUUGUCGUCUUAACUUCAGUCGUCUUACAUGCCGGACACCUGUUCUGCCAUAUGUCAAUAAAUGGGUUUGCAUUCAGCUGACAAAGUAACAAUUUGAGAACUUCAAUUCCGUAAACUAUAAUUCCUAAUGAUAAAUCUACUGAACUCGUAAAUAUUUUCUUCACUGUUAUGCAAAAUAUACUGAAUGAAAUCUACUUAGUCUCAAUAUUUUAUGUUUAAUAUUUUCUAAAAGCUUGCUAAGUUCAUUAUAUUUCGACCAAAAUGCUACAAUAUUUUAGCUUUAGUUGCUACUGUAUUUUACUGUAAUUAGAAAUUAGUUUUUCGAUUGCCGUUU